GGUAGGUCAAUGAUACGUCCAUCUAGACUCAACUCCCCGCUCUUCAGUGUCUUUUUAACAUGAGUGGGUGCCCAUUUUUAGGAAACAACUUUGGAUAUGCUUUUAAAAAUCUAUCUAUAGAAGGCAGUGAAGAAGACAAAUCACAAGCUGGUGUUAAUAAAGCCAUCAAAGGGGGUCUCGUUUAUGGGGACUACCUGCAGUUGGAUAAAGUUUUGAAUGCACAAGAACUUCAAAGUGAAAUAAAAGGAAAUAAAAUCCACGAUGAACAUCUUUUUAUCAUAACUCAUCAAGCUUAUGAACUCUGGUUUAAGCAAAUCCUUUGGGAGUUAGAUUCUGUUCGAGAGAUCUUUCAGAAUGGCCAUGUCAGGGAUGAAAGGAACAUGCUCAAGGUUGUGACCCGGAUGCACCGAGUGGUGGUCAUCCUCAAGCUCCUGGUGCAGCAGUUUUCUGUCCUGGAAACAAUGACAGCCUUGGACUUCAAUGACUUCAGAGAGUACUUAUCUCCAGCAUCAGGCUUCCAGAGUUUCCAGUUCCGACUAUUAGAAAACAAGAUUGGUGUUCUUCAGAGUUUGAGAGUCCCUUACAAUAGAAGACAUUACCGUGAUAACUUCAAAGGAGAAGACAAUGAACUGCUGCUUAAGUCUGAGCAGGAGAAAACACUUCUGAAGCUCGUGGAGGCAUGGCUAGAAAGAACACCUGGUUUAGAGCCACUUGGAUUUAACUUCUGGGGAAAGCUUGAAAAAAAUAUCAUCAAAGGCCUAGAAGAGGAAUUUAUAAAAAUUCAGGCUAAAGAAGAGUCUGAAGAAAAAGAGGAACAGAUGGCUGAAUUUCAGAAACAGAAAGAGGUGUUGCUAUCCUUAUUUGAUGAGAAACGUCAUGAACAUCUCCUUAGUAAAGGUGAAAGACGACUGUCAUACAAAGCUCUCCAGGGAGCAUUGAUGAUAUAUUUUUACAGGGAAGAGCCUAGAUUCCAGGUUCCUUUUCAGCUGCUGACAUUCCUUAUGGACAUAGAUAGUCUCAUGACCAAAUGGAGAUAUAACCAUGUGUGCGUGGUGCACAGAAUGCUGGGCAGCAAAGCUGGCACUGGGGGUUCCUCGGGCUAUCAGUACCUGCGCUCAACCGUGAGUGACAGGUACAAGGUGUUUGUGGAUUUAUUUAAUCUUUCAACAUAUCUAGUUCCCCGACACUGGAUACCAAAGAUGAACCCAAUCAUUCAUAAAUUCCUUUACACAGCUGAAUACUGUGACAGCUCUUACUUCAGCAGUGAUGAAUCAGAUUAAAGUCAUCUGAAAUAUCAUUGAAUAAUUUUAUCARUCUAUAUUUUAUUUUCUAAAUUUUCAUGAGCACGAAGAGUCUUUUUAAUGUAAUAUUUUUGUGUACAUAGUUUUGCAGCAUGGUGUUUUGAUUAAACUCUGGAAAAGACUUUAUUACUUCAUGUUUGUAAUGAUAUGAUUUAACCAUUAAAAUAAGAAAUAAUUGAGUUAAAUUGUAAUAUUGUACACAGGUGUUUUCCUAUUAAAACACCUGAUACUUUCUUUAAUGUAAUCACUGAAUAUCAUCAUUCUGUUUACCUCAUACUUCAUAACUUGUAAACCAGAUUUUUCUGAUAUUUUAUGUAAUAAGUGUCAUUCUGUACAAA